AUGCUUGCCCUUGUUGGAUCAAGAGAAGGUCCUGUUCAAUCACAGACGUGCCUCGGUGUUAGAGUGCAGCUCAUGUUCCCAGCUGGGCAAAAUGUUCCCUCCAAGACGAUGAUCCAAAUGCAGAAUGAUUAUUCAUCCAGCGCGCUGAUACCUGGUCUGCCAGAAGAUGUGGCAAAGAUUUGCCUUGCUCUUGUUCCUCGGAGAUAUUUCCCUGGCAUGGGUGCUGUGUCAAAGAGGUGGAUGGCAUUCAUUGGGAGCAGAGAAUUCAUCGCCGUCCGGAAGGAGGUUGGGAAGGUUGAAGAGUGGAUUUAUGUCCUGACCACUGAAGCAGGCAGAAAUGGAAGCUGUUGGGAGGUGUUCGGGAGCCUGGAUCAGAAGAAGAGAAGACUUCCACCUAUGCCUGGGCCAAACAAAGCUGGGUUUGGUGUGGUGGUUCUUGAUGGAAAGCUUUUUGUCAUGGCUGGCUAUGCUGCUGACCAUGGGAAAGAAUUUGUUUCUGAUGAGGUUUACUGCUAUCAUGCCUGUCUGAACAGGUGGACUGCAUUUGCCAAGAUGAAUGUUGCACGACGCGACUUUGCCUGCGCAGAGGUCAAGGGUGUGAUAUAUGUAGCUGGUGGAUUUGGCCUCGCUGGCGAUAGCCUGAGCAGCGUCGAAGCAUACAAUCUACAGCAGAACAAAUGGACACUGAUCGAGAGCCUUCGCAGGCCGAGGUGGGGCUGCUUUGGUUGUGGGUUCAAUGACAAGCUGUACAUCAUGGGUGGGCGUUCUAGCUUCACUAUUGGCAAUACACGCUCUGUCGACGUGUAUGAACCUGAUCUCCAAACCUGGGAGGAGCUCAAGGGAGGCUGUGUGAUGGUCACAUCUCAUGCUGUCCUUGGCAAGAGUCUGUUCUGCAUCGAGUGGAAGAACCAGCGAUCACUUGCAACAUUUAACCCGGCAGACAACUCUUGGCAGAAGAUCCCUGUGCCCCUUACUGGCAGUUCCAGCACUAAGUUUUCCCUUGGGGUGCUUGGCAUGAAGGUUCUUCUAUUCUCACUGGAGGAAGAACCUGGGUACCAAACACUGGCGUAUGAUCCUGCAGCACCCACAGGAUGUGAGUGGCAGACAACUAAGCUCAAGCCUUCAGGGUCGUGCAUAUGCAGUGUGAGCAUUGAAGUUUGA